AUGUAUGAGGAUUCAUGGUAUACGAUGAUGCCCGAUCUGGGUACCAGCAAAAAGAGUCACUCCAGUAGCCACAGCCAAAGUCAUGGACAUCGUCGCAAAGAGUCUUUGUUACAGCAGCCCAACGAAACCGGUCAAAUACAAGAAACACCUGCGCCUAUGCCCAAUGUCUACGAAGAAAUCGAAGAUACCGAUACCCCGCCAGAACCCACCGUUAUUCGUCGAGCCAGCUCAUACUCAGACUUCUAUCGUGUAGUCAAGGAGCAGCUGUCCAAGAAUACAAAACCACGACCCAAGAAGACCGAUAAGAAGAGUAGGGCAUGGGAAGCUUUGUUCCUCCCCGAGUCUAGUAACGAUGUCGAUAAACAUGAACCCAACACUUUCGAAGCAUUUGACGACCAAUUACUAGACGCCAGUCAACAAGAAUAUAUUAGACUAUAUCGCGACCAACUCACCCUGACGGAGCGCCAUUUAGAUGGGCUGAUCGAUGAUGCGAAUGCGACACUCAAACUUCUCACCACAUUAUCUAACUCGUUCGGCUCUGUUGAGGCGCAAACAUCAACUUUCCAGUCACAAUGCGAGGAACUUUUGACAGAACAAAGACGGCUGGAAGAGCUGGCUAAUGAAGUCGGAACCGAUCUUCAUUACUAUGCUUACCUCGAUAAUGCGACAAGACGGCUCAAUGCGCCUGGCGCUAGUAGAUUGGUUGACGAUGCAUCAUUUGGAGAGAUGGUCGAAAACAUUGACUCCUGCAUUGUGUUUAUGGAGGAACAUGCCUCAUACCGCGAUCGCGAUACCUACCUUGCCCGAUACACUGCUCUGCUCACAAAAGCUCUGCACCUUCUUGAGCACGGUUACAAGACCACACUGGACAAGGUAUCUCCUGAGAUUGGACGACAAAUAAUUGCUACCAAAUCCGAGUCUGCUCGUCAUGCGCUUGCGUAUGGUCGCUUCCAGGAAAUGAUGUUAGAUUCAUACGGCUUAAUACCCAACGUCCACCAAGUUGUGCGCCGAGCAUACGAUUCAUAUGGCCAGCGGAACGAGUCUUGUACACACUUCGAGACGUACGCGAACACGGCCAAUAACAUCAUUCACAACCAUCUGACAACAAGAGAUCGCGACCUCAAGGCAUUGACACAAUCUGACAUUACAGAAUUCAACAAAGAGGUCAAGGACCUGUCCCCGGAAACAGCGUCACGCAACUUUAUCAAACAAUGUUUCGAGCGCAUGUAUAAUGAAGAGAACCUCUUUAUGAAACUGUUCGAAGUCGAGCCUGUAUGGACACAAGCAGCAGAUUCUGUUUUCCAGGCCAUCAAGCCCAUCAGCACCACGAUUGUCCAUCCUGGCAACCUGACACCAUUGGUGACCAAUCUCCAAACAGUUCUUCAGGCGGCGCCGUUGGAAACGACCUGUAACGUUGUGGGCUUACUUGCGAACGAAUACUUUGGUGCUGAUCUGGAUGACAUGGAGUCACCAUACUUUAUCAAGUGCAAGCAAUACACUUCGCAACUCCUCGCACAUCACCUUUGGCCAUUGACGGACACCGUAUUCGAAGCAGAAGUUAUGAAAACGAUUGCAAAGGCUCCUCUUCAAGACGCUUCCUUGAAGAUCGGCCCUGUAGUGGGAGGGGUGGCAUCAUCGAAUGCUCAUCCUCUGGUGAAGCAGGCCAUCAAACUCUUGGGCAUGUAUGAGAAUUGCAUGCCAAAAGAGAGAUCAUCCAAAAAUAGUUCGGUUGUCUUCAAUAUUGUGCGAGAAACUAUUCAGGUGCUGCAACGUGCAGAAUCUAGGAUACAGUCGUUGAAGGCUGGUACAGACCCUGACUUAUUCAUGGUCAAAAACUUGCUUAUCAUCAAGAAUGAGCUGGUGUCACUGGAGAUCGGCGAUAUCAGAAACCACGCCGCUUCAAUGCAACACUUUGUUCACAUUUGGGACACGCUAAGUCCUCAGAACUGGGUCGGAUUCUUCUCGAAUAUCAUUGGAGGUGGUCUCUGGUCGCGAGGCACGCCGUCGGUCACAGCCAAGACGCUGACAGUUGAGGAUAUGAAUGAGCAGCUGGAUGAGUUGCUCCGUCAAUCCAUUUACAAUUUCACACAUCGCUGGGGUGCUCUCAUGAACGAUUCGCAAAACCGGAAGCCUGGCGUCAAACCGAUUGCGAAGGUAGAGGCAGAGCUGGAAAGCCUGCUCAUGACUGCGUUCAGCAAUCAACCUGAAGUCGUCGCGAAGCUCAAGGAGGCUAUUGAACAGCACGCGCAGGCGCACAAUGAUGCAAAAGAUGAGAAGCAGGGAGCGAGACGGUACUAA